UUCUGAGUCUUCACCAUGGAAGAGUUUCUCAGUCCCUGUCUGGGGAUCCUGCUCUGCCUGGGCCUUCAACUGGCCCACGGGGGCAUGGAUGCUUGCUAUGAUGGGCAAGGGCACCCACAGCGGUGUCUGCCUAUGUUCGAGAAUGCAGCAUUUGGCCGCCAGGUCCAGGUGACCAACACAUGUGGCACCCCACCCGAAGAGUACUGCCUCCAGAUGGGGGCCCCUGGAGACACUCAACUGUGCCACCGCUGUGAUGCCAGUGAUCCAGACCACAACCACAAUGCCUCCUACCUGACUGACUUCCACAGCCAAGAAGAGAGUACCUGGUGGCAGAGCCAGUCCAUGGCCUUUGGGGUCCAGUACCCCAACUCAGUCAAUAUCACCCUACAGCUGGGAAAAGCUUAUGAAAUCACCUAUGUAAGGCUAAAGUUCCACACCAGCCGUCCUGAGAGUUUUGCCAUCUACAAACGCAGCUGGACUGGGGGUCCCUGGGUGCCGUACCAGUACUACAGUGCUUCCUGUGAGAAGACAUAUGGCAAACAUGAGGGCCAGUACCUGCGGCCUGGGGAGGAUGAGAGAGUGGCCUUCUGCACUGAUGAGUUCAGCGACAUCUCUCCACUGAGUGGAGGCAACGUAGCCUUCUCCACCCUGGAAGGGCGGCCCAGCGCCUACAGCUUUGAUGAGAGCCCCAUCCUGCAGGAAUGGGUAACCAGCACAGAACUGCUCAUCUCCCUGAACCGUCUCAACACUUUCGGGGAUGACAUCUUUAAGGACCCCAAGGUGUUACAGUCCUACUAUUAUGCCAUCACUGACUUCUCCGUGGGGGGCAGGUGUAAGUGUAACGGGCAUGCUAGUGAAUGUGUCCCUGAUGAAGGAGGCCAGCUGGUCUGCAGCUGCCAGCACAACACCACAGGAACGGACUGUGAGAAGUGCCUGCCCUUCUACCAAGACCGGCCCUGGGCUCGGGGAACAGCAGACGCUGCCAAUGAAUGUCUGCCCUGCAACUGCAGCGGCCUCUCUGAAGAAUGUUUCUAUGACUGGGAGUUGUACCGGAGCACUGGUCACGGUGGUCACUGCCAGAACUGCCGGGACCACACCGCCGGACCCCACUGCGAGCAAUGCCAAGAGAACUUCUACCGUUGGGACGAGCAGCGGCCAUGCCAGCCCUGUGAUUGUCACCCAGCAGGAUCUCUUAGCCUGCAGUGUGACAACUCCGGCACCUGUGAGUGUAAACCCAGUGUGACCGGCUGGAAGUGUGAUCGCUGCCUGAUGGGGUUCCAUUCUCUUAGUGAAGGUGGAUGCAGACCCUGUACCUGCAAUGCUGAUGGCAGCUUAGGACCGUGUGACUCCCGAAACGGACGGUGCCCCUGCAAGGACAAGGUGGAAGGCUAUUUAUGUGACAGAUGCCAACCUGGGACAUUUAACCUGCAGCCCCAUAAUCCUUCUGGUUGCACCAGCUGCUUCUGUUAUGGCCACUCCAUGGUGUGUGCAGCUUCCACCCAUUAUGGUGUGCGCCAUAUCAUCUCUGACUUCCACCAGGGGGCUGAGGGCUGGCGAGCCAGAGGUCCAGGGGGCAGAGAGGAGCCUGCACAGUGGAGCCAGAGUGGAAUCUUCCUGAAGCCAAAGAGAGAGGAGCUUUGGGACUUCAUUGCACCAGAGAAAUUCCUGGGAGACCAGCGCUUCAGUUAUGGGCAGCCCCUCUCUCUGACCUUCCGGGUACCACCUGGGGGCUCUCUCCUGCCCAUCUGGCUGAAACUGGAAGGGGCAGGACUAGCCCUGUCUCUGAAACCCUCCAGCCCAACAAGCGCCCAACAGCCUGGACGGCCUGAGGAGUACCUGCUGGUGUUCAGCUUGCAGGAGACCUCGGAGGACACAAAACUCCUGCUCCCCGCCUUUCACUUCCAGAGGCUUUUGGCCAAUCUUACGGCACUCCAGAUCCAGGUCGCAGGUCAUGGAGGCAGACAGCUCGAAGGCCAAGUGAUGCUGACUGAGGUCCAGCUCACUUCAGCAGGCCCUGGUCUGUCUCCUCUAGCCCCUUGGGUAGAGGAGUGCACAUGUCCCAAGGGGUACAUGGGGCAGUUCUGUGAAUCCUGCUCUCUGGGGUACAAGAGGGAGACACCAUUAGGCGGGCCCUACGCCAAUUGUGUUCCCUGCACCUGUAAUCAACAUGGCACCUGUGACCCUGAAACAGGGAUCUGUCAGUGCCUGCACCACACAGAGGGCCCCUACUGUGAGCGAUGCGCACCCGGUUUCUACGGCAACCCCUUUUUGGGUCAAGAGAACGACUGCAAGCCGUGUCCAUGUCCUGGUCAAUCAGCAUGUACAACUAUCCCAGAGAGCGGGGAGGUGGUGUGUACCCACUGCCCCAAGGGCCAGAGAGGACGUCUGUGUGAGAUAUGCGAUGAUGGCUUUUUUGGGGACCCCUUGGGAAGAUCCGGCCCUCCCCAGCCCUGCCAACAAUGCCGAUGCAAUGGGAAUGUGGACCCCAAUGCUGUGGGCAACUGUGACCCCACAACGGGCCACUGUCUGCGCUGUCUCUACAACACGACAGGUGCCCACUGUGAGCGGUGCCAGGAGGGUUUCUACGGGAGUGCCCUGGCCCCUCGCCCUGUAGGCAAAUGCACUCCCUGCAGCUGUAACCCAUCAGGCUCAGCCCAAGAGCAGGGGGCCUGUGACCCUGGGACAGGCCAGUGCUCCUGCCUCCCCCAUGUGACUGGACGAGACUGCAGUCGCUGCAGCCCUGGUUUCUAUGACCUCCAGCCAGAGAGGGGCUGCCAGAGCUGCAAGUGCCAUCCUAUAGGUUCUCAGCAGAACCAGUGCCACCCUGUGACUGGGCAGUGCCCUUGCCUUCCUGGGGUUGGUGGAGUGGCAUGCACCCACUGCCAACCUGAUUUCUUCGGCUUCUCUGCCAAGGGCUGCCGAGCCUGUAACUGUUCCCCACUGGGCUCUGUCACCACCCAAUGCCAUGAGAACAGCACAUGUGUGUGUAAGCCAGGCUUUGUGGGCUACAAGUGUGAUCGCUGCCAGGAGAACUUUUUCCUCACUGCUGAGGGCUCUCAGUGCCAGGAGUGCCCAAUUUGCUUCUCUCUAGUGAAGAAAGAGGCCACCAAACUCAAGGCCAAGCUAACAGCGAUGGAGCAAUGGCUGCAGAAGUCUGAUUGUGACAGUCCCUGGAGGGACUAUGUCUUGCUGGGAGAAUCACCAAGAGGAGACGCCUACCAGGGUCAUUAUCUACUUCAAGGCACCAGAGAAGCCUUCCUGGAGCAAAUGGAAGAGUUGGAGCAUUCCAUGAAGGCUGCCCGGCAUCAGCUGAGGGCAGCAAGCAAAAGUUCCAGGUGUACCCAGCGUAGUUUGGAGAAGACCUGCAUCCAACUGGUGGACAUCGAAGCUCUGCUGCUAUCCACAGAGCUGGAGAUUCAGCAGGCAUCUGGAGCCCUCACAACAAUGGUGAUCCCUCAGGAAGUACCCAACAAACUUACCAACUGGAGUCGUUUAGCCACUGAGACUCAGGCCCUGGCCAAGAGUUAUAGAGAUACGGCCACUAAGAUAGAGGCAACAGCACAGAGGGCCCUGCUUGCUUCCAAUACGAGUUACACUCUUCUGUGGAGUCUUGUGGAGGGCACAGAUGCACAGAAGAUACAGCAUGAGUUGGAGGACAGGUACCAGGAGGUGCAGAAGGCCCAGGAGGAGCUCAAAACAUCCACAGCCCAGGCAGCCACAGAAGCCAAGAGUGCCCUAGUAUCUGUUCAGCGAGUCAGCUCAGAGGGGGCUCAGCGCCUAGCGAAGCUCUCCCCUCCUGAAAUGCUGCCUCUCACACACCUUGCCGGAGACCUGGACAGAAAGCUACAGGAUCUAGAGAAGACCGUGGUUGCUAGGGAGCAUGUGUAUGCCAAAGCAGCCCAGGAUGUCUUGGCCACUUCCCAGGAAGCGCUCCAGAAGACCCAGCCCUUUGAGCAGCUGCGUGAUGGAGCUGACGCUGCCCUCACCCUGGCCACCUCCUCCAUUGCCAAAGCCAGAGUCACGGUCAGUGAUUCCAAGACUUUGCUGACCGAUCUGGAAGAAAUGAGAAAAACAUUUCCCCAGCCAAAGGACCAGGCAGCUCUAAGGAAAAAGGCAAAGAUCAUCCAAGACAGACUCAUUGGUGACACCCAGAAGAAGACUAAGCAGGCAGAGAGGAUGCUGGGAAAUGCUGCUUCUGUCUCUGCCACAGCUAAGAAGAAGGCUAAGGAAGCUGAGCUGUUGGCUAAAGAGAAAACAAAGCACUCCAAGGCCUUGCUGAGGGAAAGUAAACAGGAAUACCGACGAGCCAUCAAGCUUGCCAACCAAGCACAAGGAGCCCUCCGAGACAUCUCCAGGCAGGUGAUGGUGACCAAGGAACGAAGGAGGGAGAUGGAGAAAGUUGAGCAGGUAGGGCCCGGGUUGAACAAAGUGGAAAGAAACAUAAGGGAAGCCCGGGUCUCCCUGGAGAUGGACAUCAAGGUUUUGUCUGUCCUGCUUACUAGAUUGGGGAAGCUGGACACCCACCAAGCUCUAGCCUCAGCCCUGAGUGAGACAGAGCAGAAGCUAGAGCCACUGAGGCAGCGCCUGGAUGGACAGGGGCCCUUGCAGGGGAAACUGAGCCUGCUGCAGCAGGAGGCAGAACAGCAGGAGCUCCAGAUCCAAGACUUGGAGAGUGACCUCAAGGAGAUCCAGGCAGACAAACGGAACCUGGAGGACAUUCUACGCAGCCUGCCUGAGGGUUGUGCCAGCUGGCAGUGAGAAUCCAAACUAAGCCCUCCAUGCAUAUGUGUGUACACAUGCACAUGUGUGCACAUACACACUCACGCCUAUACACCUGUGGGUACACACAAACUCAUGUGCAUACACACAGGUACUCCCCAAUGUGAAUAUGUAUUCAUGCCAACAUGUGGCCACACAAACAUGUACAUGGGCACACAUACGUUCAUGCCAACAUGUGUGCAUAUAUACCUACCUGUGCACAGACAUCACAUUUUGUACAUAUAUGCCCACAUCUACAUAACCGUUCAUGUCAACAAGUGUCUCCUCAGUUGUACCACUAUGUGGGCACAUAAACACUCAGAGAAACAUGUCUAUGGACAUCCUUCCACCUAUAUGUGCAUACUGUAUCUUAUUGAGUAUGUUCAUACCUACACCACUGUGUGUAUGUACAUUUCUGCAUACACAUAGACCAAUACCAAUGUGUGCUUAUAGAAAUAACCACCUGUGUACACAUUCCUAUUCCAUGAAUACAAUUCCCUCUUCCCUAACAACUCAUUUAUACAUAAGGGUGUGUGCUUAUGCUCAUCCAUGUGUGUUCACACUCAUACCAAUAUGCCUGCAUACCCAUCCACAUGGCACAUCCCCAUAGACAGACCUCUCACCAUGUUAUUGCCAGUAUGCACAUAUCCCACUCAUAUCCAUUCAUGCUGCCAACUGAAUUGUGUAGUCCCUUUGCUUGGCAGCCUACAGGUUCCCUUGUAUAGUUUCCAGCUCUCAAGAGCCCAGUGAUGAGUGGACAGAGUUCUUGCCUCCCUUGGGCUGGGAGGACUGGCAGGUGCUAUUGAUGAUCACUGGAGAAACAGGAUAGCUCGGGCUGCAGGAUUCAGGGAGAUCUGUGCAUUCCCCAACCUUACCCCUUUCCAGUUCUUCACCCCCUGGCUCUCUAGCUCCCAUCCAGAUUGGAAUCCGUCUCCUCCACUCCUUCCCCCUCACCCCGUGUCUCCACACACACACCCAUUUCACAGAUCGGGAAACCAAACAGGCACAUGGGGUUUUUCAGUGGUAAAACUUGAAACCAAAUGACUCCUGAGUCCACUGCUUGACUAGUCAGGCAGGUCUGCAAGGUCUUGUCUCUCUCUCACUCCUAGUGUCAUCUCUCUUUUUCUAUUGGCUUAUUCUGAGGCUUAAUUUCUGUUUCUUAGAAUUAAUUACAGUCACCUAAGGAAUUCUCCCCUGAUAGCCCUUUCUAUUGCAAUGAGGCCCUCUAACUAUGUGAUGCCACAUGGAAUUCAUUUUGAAACUGCCUGCACCUUGGAGGGAAGAAGACUGCAGGCCCGACUCAGAGGGUAGAGAGGAGCAAAGAUAUUGCUGUCAGCUAGAAUGGUUCUGACUCAGCAGCCCAGUUCCUGUUGGACUUUAUUAGCCACCCUCCGCAGCCCUCUAAGGGAAGUAACCAAAGGAAUGGAGUUCGUGUUGGAACUCAGAAGGCUGAAAGGCUGACUUCUGCACCUCCUCAGCCUGGAGGAGAUCUCACUGCUUCAGCUUACCUAGUCAGGUGCUUGCUCCUCCAGUUCUGACCUCCAAGCUUGGAAUAAAUAAGGACAUGCUAGCAGGAAGGGUCAUACGGGGCUAGAAAGGAGGAAGAGAAACGAGGGAUUCUGGUCCAUGGUGUAGGAGAGAGCAGAGAGAUGGGGUGUUUGAGUAUCUCUCCAAAUGCUGCCACCUCCCUCUCGCUCCCACCAGCCUGCUGCAUAGAUUCCUGGCUGUAAACAGAGAUAUGGAGUGAAGGGUCCCCAGAUCCCCAAAGGUUUUUCAAGUAGAAGGCAACACCUUAGAAUGUGGUCUGGAGACAGGGCAAUAGCACAAAGCCCGUCUGUUUAAU